UUUUCCUUUUCGUGCGUAUUGUUUUUGUCAAAAAAGAUGGACGUAGAAAAUAGUGAUUCGUCAGUAUUAGGUAUUCCGAAAGUCAAGUUUCAUGAUGGAAAUGAGUUGGAAAGUGUUUUAAGAAGAAUUGAAAUGGGAAAUUUGAUGAAAAAAUUCAGCGCAAAAAAGACACGGAGCGAAGACUGUACAUUUCAAGUAAAUCUACUAACCCGCUGUAUGACUUGGAGUCGCCGAAAUGGAAUUGCUGAAGGAUCAGUCAACAUCAGAGAAAUAAAAGAAAUUCGGAAGGGAAAAGUUUCAAGAGAUUUUGAAAGACUGAUUGAUGAAUCUCGACACAUCGACCCCGAUAUGUGCUUUAUCAUACUCUAUGGUCAGGAUUUUACGUUAAAAUUGAUGUCAAUUGCAGCCAACAAUCCCGAAGAUGUUGAUGUCUGGAUUAAAGGGCUUUCUUAUCUUGUACAUAACUCAGUCACGGCUUCGUACUUCUCUCAACUCGGAUGGUGGCUCCGGAGAGAAUUCGAGCAAAUUAACCAACAGAAUUGUGUAACUCUACGGAUUGCCAAGGCUUGGUUACCAACCGUGAAUGCAAAAAAUUUGUCCACGCGGGCUUUGAAAGAAGUAUUUCAGGUUGCUGACAUAAAUGAGAGCGGAGAACUUUACUUUGAUCAAUUUAUCUUAUUUUAUAAUGAAAUAAUGUUAAAUGGUCAAAUGGAUAUCGCAUUAUUCUUACAAGAAUAUUCAUCGGACGGUUAUCAUUUCAAUGCACAAGAUUUUCAAAAAUUUCUCAUCAUCGAACAGAAGGACGAUUGGGCUCAAGAUAUCAAAAAUGUUGAAAAUUACAUGAGAUCAUAUUUCAGAUGUAAUCAACCUGAAGUUUGUGUGUCUAUUUCCGAGGCACUGAGUUAUCUCUUCAGCAAAGAAAAUUGUGUGUGGGAUUCCGCGAAAAUGAAGUUGAAAUCGGACACAUUGAAUCAACCUUUAUCUGAGUACUGGAUAUCCUCAUCUCAUAACACCUAUCUGACUGGUGAUCAAUUUAGCAGCGAAUCCUCGUGUGAAGCAUAUGCAAGAUGUCUUAGAAUGGGAUGCAGAUGUAUAGAACUGGAUUGUUGGGACGGUCCAGAUGGAAUGCCAUGUAUUUUUCACGGACACACUUUGACGUCAAAGAUAAAGUUUAUAGAUGUUUUAAAAACUAUCAAAGAACACGCAUUUGUAGUAUCUGACCUACCAGUCAUAUUGUCAAUUGAAAACCACUGCAAACUUCCUCAACAGCGACAUAUGGCAACAAUGUUUGUUGAUGUGUUUGGAGAUAUGAUGGUAACACAGCGUUUAAAGCCGGAAGAAACGACGCUACCAACUCCAAAUCAGUUGAAAGGCAAAAUAAUUAUUAAGCACAAGAAACUUACUGAUGAUAAUAGGUUGAGCGAAGUUUGGCGAAGUGACAGUGAUGCAGGAAACGAAAGCAUGGAUAUAAGCAACUCUCAAAAGAAUGGGUUACUUUACAUGGAGGACAAAGCUACCAAGGAAUGGAUAUUACAUUAUUUUGUUUUGGUUGAAAACAAAUUGGUUUAUGGCGAAAGACCAAACUUCGGUUUUGACGAUACCAUUGAAAACCUAGAGUCUAACAACCAUGGGAACGAUUCGUCCAAAAAUUUGACUUCUGCAAUUUCUGAACUCCACUAUUCUGAAAAUUGGUAUCAUGGAUCCAAAGAUCGAAGCUCAAUUGAGAGGCUGCUGCGAGAAUAUGCUGGUCCUGACGGCAGUUUUGUAGUUCGAGAUAGUUCAACCUUCAUUGGAAAUUACACUCUUUCAUUUUGGUUCAAGGGAAGAGUUCAUCACUGUCGAAUUCAUUCCCAACAACUGGUCGGAGGUUUGAUAGAAUAUUAUCUCGUAUCAGAAAACCAUUUCGACAGCCUUUAUAGUCUUAUAUGUCAUUAUCUUCACGAGCCUCUAAAAAACGAAUCGAUUGGAUUCGAAUUGCUUCUUACUGAUGCAGUACCACAGACAAAUGCCCAUAUCAGCAAAGGAUGGUACUACGAACACCUUGAUCGUUCCACCGCAGAAACUAUUUUGAUGCGCAUGGAUAAGGAUGAUGUAUUUCUUGUUCGAAAAAGUGGUAAACGUGAACUCAACACAGUCGGUUACACCAUAUCUUUCAGAGCAAAGGGAAAUGUUAAACAUUGCAAAGUUGACGUGGAUGGAAGAUUGUACAGAAUCGGGAAUGGAAAUUUCGAAACUUUGUGUGACAUCGUCAUAUUUUACGGAAAGAACUCGCUUUAUAAAAACACGAAGUUGAGAUAUCCUGUCACGAGGGAAAUCAUCGAAAGUUUACAAGAUGCAGAGCUAUAUGAGCAAAAAAACGGAAAUUUGGUCUAUGUUCAGGCAAAUCCAUUCACGGUAACUGUGAAAUCACUUUUCGAUUAUCAUGCCGAUCGUGAAGAUGAACUUUCAUUUUGUAAACAUGCCAUAAUUUCGAACGUAGUAAAGGACGAUGGGGGAUGGUGGCGCGGAGACUAUGGUGGAAAAAAAGGAGCUUGGUUUCCCAGUAAUUUCGUUGAGGAAAUCCUAUCACAAGAAACGGCAAACGAAUCAGAAAAUGUUGUGAAUUUGCUCGGAGAGUUGCAAAAAGGAUGGAUUGAUCUUGCCAGGGCGACAGUUGAAAAUGUACCAGCUGGAAAAGAAAUGCGGAGAUUUCAUUUUCGUUUGAAAUGCGCGGGACAUUUGUCUGAUUACGAUCUCGCUGCGGAAACUAACGAAGACAUGCUAUCCUGGAUUUACUAUGUAAAAGAGGCAAUUGAGAAAAACGAUAGCCAGACAAAGAAAAAGAAAGACAUUGAGAUACACAAAAGAAUCGCAGUUGAAAUAUCCGAUCUUGUUAUCUAUUGCCAACCAGUUGCUUUUAAAGAAGAGAGAUUCACUAAACAGAAUGGUUCCCCAUACGAAAUGUCAUCUUUUCCCGAGAACAAGGCAGAAAGACUUGCAUGCCGGGAGAAAGCUCAUCAAUUCAUUUCAUACAAUCAACGGCAACUUUCAAGAAUAUAUCCAAAAGGAGCUCGAGUCGAUUCGUCUAAUUAUAAUCCGAUUCCAAUGUGGAACUGUGGAUGUCAGCUUGUUGCGUUAAACUUUCAAACUCCCGAUAAAUCAAUGCAGUUAAAUCAAGCGAGAUUUUCUGAAAACGGCCAAUGUGGAUUUGUUCUCAAACCAUUAAUAUUUUCUGACUCAAAUUACAAUCCGUAUCUGAAAAAACAUCUUCUUGACGUUGAUCCACUGGUAAUUAACGUACAAAUUAUUGCAGGACGACAUUUGCCAAAGUCUGGGCGAGGUAUAUCUUGUCCAUUUGUUGAAGUCGAAAUAUUAGGAUGUGAAUACGACUGUCAGAAAUUUAAAACAGCAAAACAAGAUGAAAAUGGGUUAAAUCCGGUAUUUCAAGAAUCAUUCGAGUUUGCAAUUCACUGCCCAGUGCAGUCUUUAAUACGGUUUGCAGUUUUUGAUCAAGAUAUGUUUGGAGAUCCCAAUCUUAUAGCUCAGUGUACCUUGCCAGUGCGUUGUCUAAGAACAGGAUUUAGAUCGGUGCCAUUAAAAAACCUUUUCAGUGAAGAAUUAGAAUUGGCGUCGUUAUUGGUUCACAUUGCAAUAAGAAAUUUGAAGAAAGAAGAUGAAGAGUUAUACAAUACUGUUGGGGAAUUGCGUGAAGCAAGUAAAGAGCUACAGCAAAGUCUUUCGGCACUUGACCCAAGCAGUGAAGAUUUUCAAAUACUGAACAAACAACUUUGUGAAAUACAGAAACGUAUUUUUUCAGCAACCGAGCAAAUGAAAGAAAGAAACAUUGAACAGUUUCGUUCUCAUCGUUCUAAUCCGAAAGUUUAAAAUACAACACGGUAACGAUAUGAACCUUCACUGAAGUCGCCAGUUGAUGAUCAAGUUUGCGACUGUUUUUCGAUGUUGCAAUUUUCAAAACUCGUAUUUAGAGUAUGACAAAUGACAUUUGAACAUAGUCUACUCAAGUUUUGCCAUUUUCUUUUUCAUUCACGCGCAGUACUCACUCAGGAGUAAGGGAGCAAGGUAUGGGAUAUGAAUGAAGUGCCAAGAUUUAUUGAAAAUAUAUAUUAAUUAUAUCAGUUCAUGACACGAGACUUGAAAACUGU